AUGGUUUUCUCUCAGACUCUCCGCCGCGCCGCCGCCCAGAGCGCCGGUGCCUACCGCUCUCCUUUCGCUCCCAAGUACCACACUCCCCUUCACUUCCACGGCCUCACCACCGGUCUGGCUACCAAGUACGCUACCAUUGCUGGCACCUUCGGUGUCGCCGCCGGUACCUUCGCCCUCUUCUUCUUCGGCGAGAUCCCCCGUGUUCGCCGCGACAUUCUCCAGAAGGUUCCUUUCCUCGAUGAGUACUUCGACCGCACGAUCGCUCCCGAGGACAACCCCUUCUAA